AUCAACAUAACGUCCAAUGUGCAAUUAAUUCCACAUGGCCGCCCUUUACAGGCAUACUGCACGUUAGCGGACAAUGGAACUUUCCUGUUAUUUUGGACUUCUUACCGCAGUCGUCACGAUAGGCACUGGGACACAGGUGUGUAAAGAUCCCACAUUUGAAGUGAAGGGUAGCGGCUAUUGCUAUGAACUGGUAGAAAAACAAAAGGCUCAACAGUCAGUUGCUUUGAGCAAGUGCGUAGAAAAAGGUGGUAGUCUUGCUGAAAUAACAACCAGUGAUAUAAACAGCGGAUUGGUUGACAAGUUAUCAUAUAUGGUAUUAUAUUAUUGGAUCGGAGCAACAGAUAGACAAAGAGAAGGAAAUUGGCGGUGGUUAUCAGGACGUCCUUUGGUUUUUAAAGCUUGGGGAGGGCAGGAGCCCAAUGGGAAAACUGAGGAAAAUUGUGCCGUACUCACAAAAUUAAGCAGAUGGAAGGAUUAUCCGUGUUAUAAAAUAUUUGGAUUUAUCUGCCAAUAUGAUGUAAAUGAAUGCCACACUAAAACGGACACCUGUGACAGUCGGGCUGUCUGUACGAAUACCCCAGGGAGUUAUACCUGUUCAUGUAAACCAGGAUUUAUUGGAGAUGGAUACAAAUGUUCUGAGGUAACCACCAAAAGGAUGAUAACCUCCACUACCAUAAAUAAAGCCAGUACUCCCACCACUACACUGACAACUACCACGACUACACCCACAACUACAACCACUACACCCACGACCACUACACCCACAACUACAACCACUACACCCACAACUACAACACCCACAACUACAACCACUACACCCACAACUACAACCACUACACCCACAACCACAACCACAGCCCCCAAAAUAAACACGCCUUCCCCAGCAGGCGAAUCCACAAUUAUGGCAACCCAUGCACUCAGACAUACCACGAGGCAAAUCACCUUUUCCCCCUAUGACACAACCAGUACUCCCAUUUUGAAGCAAUCAUCAACAAGUGCGCGCAAACCAUUCCGAUCUUCACUCUCACCGCAUAUAACAUCAACAGUGAUUCUAAACCAUAAUACAAAACUGAUGACGCUGACCACUACAAACGAACAACAGGGGGUCACUCAGAGCACCAAACAUACAGAAACGUAUACGAGACAACAGAUCUACAAACAGACAACAGAUGAAUAUGAAACAAAGGACCCUUUUUUGUCGCCCACAACUACAGCAGAAACUAAUCUUCUGGCUGCACAGCGCGAGAGACAGCAUGAAGCUGAGAGAAAAAGGCGGCAGCAAGGUGCGUUAUGA